AUGGCGUCCGGCGCCCUCGGCGAGGUCAUCACGCUCCAGUUCGGAUCGCGCGCGAACUGGACGGGCGCGCACUUCUGGAACUUUCAGGAUGAGACCCAAGGCUUGGCCGAGAGCGACGACGCGGACGCGAGCGCGUACGCGGACCUCGACUCCGGCGUCACGUACCGCGUGGGAGAGACGCACUCGGGCGCGCCGACGUACGUCCCCAGGCUCGUGUUCUUCGACCUGUGCGGCGCCAUGGGCGGCGUGAAACGCGCCGGGCACCUGUACGGCGACGGCGCGGGCGUCGUCGGCGACGGCGAUCUCCCCCCGCCCGUGCUCACGUGGGACGGCGGCGCCGCGAAAGUCGUUCGGCGAGACCCGGAGCGCAAGUCGUCGUUCCUUCGCGAGCUCGAGGACGACCAGGAGCGUUGGAGAGACGAGGACGACGAGGGGGAAGACGGCGCGGACGCGGACGACAGGAUGGACACCGACGAGGAGAUGGAGGAGAUGGAGGAGGAGGAGGAGGAGGACGGGCGGAAGCGGAAGAAAUGGGGCGGCGGCGGCGGCGGCGGCGGCGGCGGCGGCGCGGACGCGAUCGACGCCCUGCGCGCGAAGAUGACGAGCCACAUCCUCGCGUCGCCGGGGAAAAAACCAAAACCAAAACCAAAACCCUCGCUCUCCUCGCUCGACGCGGAGGCGAAGAGAGCGAAGGAGGAGGCGAAGAAGAAGCGACGGGAAGAAGCCGCCGCGCGUUUGGAGGCGUCCGCGGCGCGUCUCGAGACGCCGGGCGAAGUCAACAGCUGGACGGACUUCGGCAAAGCUAUGUUCCACCCGCGGAGCGCGUGCCUUCUCACCGGGUUGUGGCACGGCGUCGACGCGUUCGCGGGCUUCGGCGAGGGCGCGGCGUGGAUCGAGACCGAGGACAGAAGAGAGGAGGUCCGAGACCGGAUACGUUUCUUCGCGGAGGAGUGCGACGCGUUGCGAGGCUUCAACGUCCUCCUCGACGACCUCGGAGGGUUCGGAGGGUUCGCCGCCGCCGCGCUCGAGGAGCUCAGGGACGAGUACGGGAGCGCGACGCCGACGUGCGCGCACUCGCUGCGCGCGUCGAGAGAAGAAUUAACAACGUCGAGCGCGAGUCCGGACGACGCGAGAGGGGACUUCCGCGCGGCGCUUCUCAACGAGGCGCUCGCGUCGGCGACGCUCGGCGCCGAGUGCGAGCUGUACGCGCCGCUGCAGCUCGGUCUGCGUCCGCUCUCCGCGUCGCGGGCGAAGCUCCUUGCCGGGUUGGACGCGCGCUCGAAGUACCACGGCACCGCGCUCGCGGCCGCGUGCGUGGAGUCGUCGUCGACGCCGUGGCGGACGCGGGCGCGCGACGGCGUCGGCGCCGGCGACAUGCGCGCGACGGCGCGGCGCGUCAACGCCGACGGCCCGUUCGUCGCCGUCGACGCGUGGUUCCCGUGCGGCGCCGUCGCGAGCGCGGGCGAGCUCGCUAGGGAGGAGGAGGCGAAGCAGCGCCGCCGCGCGGAGAAAGAGCGGUCUGGGUCUGGGUUCGAGCGCGAGGAGGAGGCGAGGGACGCGGCGGCGCGCGAACGAGCCGCGUCGCUCGCCGACGACGCCGACGCCGUCGCGCUCACCCCCGGGUGCGUCGAUCGCGACGUCGUCGAGCCGCGCGCCGAGCUGUACGUCCUGCGCGGGGCGAGAACCCACGACGGCGCGCGCGCGAGCGUCGAGGACGCGCGGCGCGGCCUCGACGCCGCGCUCCGCGCGGCGACGUACCGCGUCCCGAGGACGCGGUGCGUCCACGCCGCGCCGCUGCCGCUGCCGCUGCCGUUUCCGUCUCUCUUCGCGAGCGGGGGGGGGCCCUCCUCUCGGAACCCGUCGAGCGCGCCGAUCAUGACGCGCGUCGCGUCGACGUCGACGUACGGCGCAGAGCUGCGGCGCGUGAACGACGAGUGGCGCAGGGCGUCGCGAGCGGGCGCGGGGAAGGCGUUGCUGUCGCAGUGGGGGGUCGCCGCCGACGACGCGGAGGAGACGAGCGAGACGUUGCUGACGUUGGCGCGCAAGUGCGAGGGAGGGGAGGACAGCGGCGACGACGACGACGACGAGGAGGAGGUCGAGCGGAUGUGA